CCUCCGGCCUCGCUCUCCUGCCUCGCUCUCUCCCUCGCUCCCUCUCUGCCUCCCUUGCGCCGCUUGCGUCCGUCUCCCCUCCGGGCCUCCGGACGUCGCCCGAUUCCCGUCGCUCUCCGGCUCGCUUGCGCACUCUUUCCCCUCCCUGUGCUCGGCCUCCCGCGGCCGGAAGCAUGCUCGAUGGCGCGGAUCCCCCGCCCCGGGCACCGGCCGCCCUGCCCGCCGUGCCGAUCGCUCGGCUGUACUAUGGCCACGCGUCGGCCCAUCCUCCUGCCCUCGGCACGGGAGCCGAGUAUGGCACCGGGAGCGGUCUCGGGCCGCCGCGCAGCUUCUUCUCGCUGACCGCCGCCCCGGGGCCCUCCUCGGGCGAGCCUUUUCUCGCGGUGCCGCAGCUGGCCUACUCUCUGACCCGGGCACCGGAGCUGGAUGGGACCGGGACACCGGACGCCCGCGGCAUCUGCAUCUCACGAUACUACCACCGCCGUGGCGACUUGGAGGUGUCCUUCAGCAGCCUGGGCCCGGUCGGCUUGGAGGAUGGCUCGGGCGCGGGGCUGGACUUCCAGGCGCUGCAUACCAGCACGCACACACUGCCGAUCUGCGCACGGCCUCGCCACGGGGACCCCCUCUUCGACAUCAAGCAUACGCCCUUCUUUGCCACGGAGGCCUCCCCGGACGGGCGGCUACUCCUGGCCACGAGCCAUCACCUGGCCCUGCUGGAGGUCGAUCGGCCCGGCCGGACAUUGGACUUCCUGCUGGAGCCCGGGGCCGGGAUUCGCGAAGGCCGGCCCCUGCCGCGCGUGACGGCCCUGACGGUCAGCCACACCACCGGGCAGACGCUCCCGGUGGCCAUCGGCCUGGCCGAUGGGACUGCAGAACUGCUGGACCCGCGGGCCCCGAGGACCGGCUUCGCCGGUGGACUUGCUUCGCCGGUGGACUUCCUGUCGCUGGCGGAGCUUCAACUCCGAGCCAGCCAGCCCGUGUGUCCCUCGUCCUCGGUGGCCAGUGCGGCCUGGUUGCCGCCCGGCCGGGCCGGGCCUUUCGGUCUGGCGGUCGGCUACGACGACGGCCUGGUGGCCGUGUGGGACAUCCGGUUUACCUCGAGGCCGGUUCGUUGCUCGGCUGCCUCGGCUGGUGGCCCGGGCGGGGACGGCCCGCCCGGCGGCGCCGGCAGCCCAGUGCGCUUCCUCUUCGGGCUUGAGGGCCCGACCAUGGGAGAGCUCACUGCCGGGACGACGCUCUUCGAGGCGGGGGAUUUCCUGGCACGCUGCACCCCGCUGGACUUGGAUGUGGGCUCCGGGCUCGAGGUGCAGGUUGACCCCCGGGCCGUGGGCCUCCCCCUGCCGGGGCAACUGCUGGCGGCACAGCCAUGUGCAUCUGCGCCUGGGGGCCUGGCUCUGCUGACGUCGCAUGCGCUUGGUCUCUGGGCCCCGGAGACUGGCGUGCCGGCCGCCUGGUACCCGCUUGCCGGGUCAGCCCCCCCGGGGGAUGCGUGGCUGGCGUCGGUCGGUCGCCGGGCUCACUUUGGGGCGCUGCUUUCCUUGGGGGAUGACGACAUGCUGGCGGCGUCGAUCGACUCGUUGGAUAAUUUGUCCUUCCGGCGCUUUGUCCCCCGCCAGCAGCUGGCCGAUGCCGGGCGUCGGCGCGCCGGCGCGCCGCGAUGCCCGCCUCUCGAGCCGAUCGCCCUGCACUUUUCGGAUGCAACAUCCAAUCACCCGACCCACCAGUCGGCCUGGGAUCCCGGCCAGAAGCCAUUGCCCCUGGCCGUGUCAGCACCCGGGCAUCAGCCCGGCGAUCUUCACAUGCCCCUGCCGCCGAGUGGCCGGCUGUUGACAUUUGCCAUUGAACCCGGGGCCGGGGGGCUGCGCGUGCGGCUGCGGCCCCGGACAAGUGCGCGAGAUCCCCCCCGGGGGCAGGCGCCCGGGCAGGCGGCCGCCGCCGCCGGAAUCCCACGCAUCGCCGUGGCCCUCCGGCUGCCGGAUCACUUCCCCGGGCUGCUGCGGUACCUGCAACAGACCGACAGCAGCACGGCCAUCCAGUCUGUGAGCACCGCGGAUCGGGGGCUCGGCGCCGGUGGCCAGCAGGUCCCGCCUCUCCCUGGGCAGACCGGGGUCCUGGGCGACUCGUUGGCCGGGUUCCUGGCGGCCGCGGUGUCCGAGCAGCCGGCCAGCUCGGCCGAUGUCGAGGGGCUGACCGCGGCCGUGGGCCAGCGCCUUCGACAGGCGGCCCGGUCGGCCUGGCGCUCGGGGCUGGACCCGGCGGCGGCGGCCGGCCGAGCAGCCAGCCGACUGGUGUCCCUGCUGGCCGACUUGGCCCGGCUGUGCCUGGCAUGGCGGGAAUUCGACCAGGGGGCCCUGGCGCGGUUGCUCGAACGAAACCGUCACUAUGCCCGGCCGAAUGCCAGCGAGGCGGAUCGCUUUGGACGCCUGCCGGGCGAGGCCGUUCUCGCGGCCCUGGUCGACACGUGGGUGGCCUUGCGCGCGGAGCUGGUCACCUCGCUGGCCACCUUCGCGCCGCCUGCCCCGCUGGAGGGCGCCCCCGGGCACCUGGGCGAAGGCCCGGGCGGGGAUGACCGGGCGGCCGCGGCCGCCGAAGCCGCGGCCACCACCGCCAUCGGCCAGCAUCUGGUUUGGCGCUUCCGCCAGGAGUCGCUGCUGCCGCUGGCGGCCGGCCAGCGCUUUCCCCUGCGCAAUGCCGGCCAGGCCGAGCAGACGGCCGAGCUGGCGCGCAACUUGAGCGUCCUCGGCGUGCCGGGCGGCCUGUCCGGCUCGCUGAACACCCACCUCCAUGGGCUUGGCGGGCUGGGGGUGGGCCUGGGCAGUGCGUCGGCCCUCAAUCGCGAUGAUCGGAUCCCGUGCCCGCGCUUGUCGGCCGCGGUGUUCGCCCCGAAUGGCAGCUUGGUGGUCUUCGCGGCGCCGGUCCUCUUCCGGAUCCCCGCGCUGGCGGACAUUUCCCCGGCUCCGGGCCCGGCCGGCCUGGCUGGGCCCCCGGCCCCGGGCCCCGAUCAGAUGGCCUUCCUGCAGGGGGUUUACGACCGGGCUCGCGCGGUGGCCGGCCCGAUGGUCGAGCCGCCCCGGGCGCUGGAUGGCUUGCGGCGGUUUGUGGCCGCGCGGGAGGCCGCCUCCCAGUCAUUGGCCGCGGCGGCCAGCACGGCGGCCAGCACCAUCGCCGCCGCGGCUGCCGGCCUGGUCCCGCGUGCCGGGGAUGUCGGCGCCCUGCCGGCGGGGAAUGCCGCCACCCCAGCCGCCGCCGGGGCCGCCGCCGGCAGCAGCACCACGGGCUCGGACCUGGCGGCCGGCACACGCCCCGGGUCCCACUCCGGGCAGGUGCCCUCCGGGGCCCCGGGGCCGCUGGUGGUCUCCGGGCUGGCUUCCUCCAUGGGGUUCCUGUCGCCAGCGGCGUCGGCCUUCCAUUCGCCGGCCGGGGAAUUCGCCGACUCGCACCAUCACGCGCACCAUCAUGCGCACCAUCACACGCACCAUGCGCACCUGUAUUCGCACCAUGGGUACGACCCGGCCGGGGCACUUCUGGGCUUGGGGCCCGGGCCGGCCGGCCGGCCGCGGCCUGGCUCCACGGCGGCCGCCAGCACGGUGGCCAUCCCCCCGCCGGGCACCCUGCCAUCGGGGGCCUUCGCCUCGCGGCCACCGAGUGUCGGGCUCCCCGGGCGCGGGGGCAGUCUCUCGCUGGCCGGGGACUUUGGGGUGGAACGCGUGCGGGGCUCCAACGGCCCGGGCACAUCGGGCGUUCCCGGGCCACCGCCACUGCACAUGAGCGGCUUCCUGGUGAAUUCCCUGGCCGGGGUCAAGACCUUGAGCACGCUCUCCGGCCCGGGGCUUGGGUUUGCCUCGGGCCCAUCCGGCCCCGGGGGAUAUGCCUCCACCGGGGCCACCGGUCCCAGUGGGGCUCCCUCGCCGAGUGCCUCAACGGCCUCCUCCUCGCGGGCUUCCUCAUCGACCUCCUCCACGACGGUCGGGGCGCCGGGGUCCGGAGCCGGGCCGGGCCCCGGGGUCGGCCCGUCGGCCGGGAUGCUCUUCCUGCAGAAGGGCGCCGAGGCCGACAUGGCCGGGGCCCUGGCCAGCGCCACUUCCGGCUGGCCGAAUUCCCACUGGUCCAGCUCGUCACUGGCCCUGGUGGACCUGGCCAGCUUGGAUCAGGCAGCCCGGUGGCCGGCGCUGGUGGCCGAGCCGGGCAUUUCGGCGACGCCCGCCCGGCGUCCGGUCGACCGCAAGGCUUUGGCCUUCGGCGCGCGGCUGCCAUCCUUCGGGCGGCUGUCCCUGCCCCGAGUACUGGCGCGCGGCAUGGCCGCCGCCACCACCACCACCGCCACCGACAUCGCCACUCGCUCGGCACCGGACGAGCAUGACCUCGACGAGCAUGAGGAUCAGGACGAUCAUGAGGACCUGGAAGAUGGCCCGCGACUGGCCUGGGCUCGACUGCUAUGGCACCAUGCCCACUUGGAUGAGGCCCUGGCGCGGAGCUGUGCCCGCAAUGCCGGCCUCGCCAUGGCCACCAACCACCGGGCUCUGGGCCAGGCGCUGGCCGCGGCCAGCGGGCUCCUGUCACAACGCGCCGAUGCCCAACGCUCCGAUGCCCUGCUCCUGGGAGCCAGCAGUGCCGGCGGUCUGCCGACUCUGCAGCAGGCCGGCGCCGGGGCCGAGGUGCUGGACAUCAUGGGGGCCACACUGAUCCGGGAGGCCAUCGCCGACCUGGCAGCCGCCGGCGACGCCGUGGCCCUCGGUCUGGUGGCCUGCCUGCUGACGGUGCCGGAGCCCCCCUUCGACCCGCACCGGGCGGUGGACCUCGGGGCACUGGACGUCCUGGCCCAGAGCCCGACCUUGCCACAGGCGCUGGCCCACCUGGGCGAUGCCUUCAAGCCCAGCCUCAUCAGCAGCCUGGCGCCGACCACCGGCACCGAGGGGGAUGCGGUGCCGGAAUUGCAACCCGCCCUUCGCGGCCGACUGCACCACUGGCAGGUCCACUUUGUGGCGCCAGACUUUGCCCAGGUGCUACUCCGGCCCUCGGUGCCGGCUGUUGGUCCCCGACGCGCGGCCAUCGAUGGGCCCCCCGUGGAUGUCCCACAGCCACCCGCCUCGUCGGCCGGGCCACCGUCGGUGGUUUCCUCAUCGGCAGGGACCGUGGUCCCGGCCACUGCGCCGACCAGCGCGGCGGCCCUGCCCCGUGGCGGCGGCGGCGGCGGCGGCGGCGGCGGCGGAGGCGGCGGUUUCGUGGCUGGCGUCGUGACCGGCGCCGCCCGGCUCCUCCUCCCGUCCAUGGGAGCCGGUGCGCCGGUGCCGACUUCGACACCGGCAAAUGACUCGAAGGCACCGGCCCCGGCCUCGGGCCCGGCCACCGCGGCUCCCGACCCGCCAGCUCCAGCGUCCUCGGCCGCUCCGAGCCCCUCUCUCUUGGACACGUCCUUCGACAUCGAUGACAACGCCGGCUUCGAGCCCUUCCAACCGAUGAGCGACCGGGUCCCCUACCGCCUGCUCGGAGCCCAACGCUGUCGGUACCAUAGCUGGGUGCCGCCGGACCUGGCCCCGGUCCUCAACCGCGCCAAGGCCCGGUACUCGGACAUCCUGGCGGCUUGGCAUGCGCUCGGCCCGCGGGCGGCCGUGCUGCACUCGCUGCGGGCCACCAGUGCCGACCCUGGCACCGGCAUGCCGACCGAGAGCCCCUUCGACAUGGGCGAGGGCCCCCGGUCGGCGCGAGUCCCAGCCUCUCGGACAGCCUCCACAGCGCCGGUCACCCCGGCCGUGGCGCCCUCAUCGCCAUUGACCCCCGUCCGCGAGGAGGACCUCCUCCGGUCGGAUGGUUGGUGUUGGUGGGGCAAUGACGCGGACCUGCCCCCUGCAAGGCUCUUCCUCCUGCGGGCCGCGCCGCAAACCGGCGACAUGGUGCCUGUGGCCGAGCCUCCCGGCGAGGCGGCCUUUGUCCCGGCCACCCUGUCGGCCCUGCACCUGCUGAGCAUCCUGUCCAGCUACUUUGUCCAGUCUCACCUGGCGGCCUGCUUGCUGGCCCCGGCCGACGGCCCGACCCGGGGGCUUUCUGGUCGGCACCUUCCAGGGGCCGGGGCCGCGAGCCAGGCCACUGCCGCAGCGCGGCUGCUGUCCGGGCCACCGCCGCCGCCGCCCCCGCCGCCUCCGCCGCCGCCGCCUCCUCUGCCACCGCCCCGGCUUCCCUCCUCCCCGUCGUCUCCACCGCCGCCACCACCGCUGCCACCAACGCCCCCGCCGCCGCCGCCGCCGCCGCCGCCACCCUUUGCCGAGUCGCCGUCGCCGUCAUCCUCGCCCCCGCCCGGUGUCUGGGGCGACGUCUCGGAUGAUGGGCCCGACCUGCUGAGCAGCACUGACUCGCACAUGGGCGCCAGCAGUGCCGGUUGGCCCCGGGGACCGUGGCUGCCGCUGCCAGGUGCCACGACCGAGACUUCGGCGGUGCCGGCCGACGCGACCGCCGGCAUUUCGCCCCCACUGGCACAUACCCCGGCGGACAUUGCGGCUCCUUGCCCUUCACGCCGCCAAGCACUUUGUUGCUCGGUCUGCCGGACACCCGUGCGCGGGUCGCUGGUCGUUGUGUGUCUGGCCUGUGGGCAUGGCGGCCACCGCGCGCACAUGGUCCGGUGGUUCUUCCAAACACAGCACCCCGGCAGGGCCGGGAGCAACGCCCUGACCCCCGUGCGGCGCCUUUGCCCGGUGGCCGGCUGUGCCUGUGCCUGCCUCUUCGAGUGAAUGCCGUGCACGUGUGUCCCUCCCCGGAGGGGGGGGGGGGGG